GCGUUCUUUCAGUAGAAAAGUGAAAAAAAAAUCUUGAUUAUUAUUAUUGAAAAAAUUAUGUUCAAUCCAAUGGCUCAAUGAAAAAUCUGAGGCAUGUGAAUUACAUGCAACUACAGAAUCCAACUAACACUACCGCAUCCAAGCUUUGACACAUUGUUAAAGGUGUAGCUAGGCUAAAUGGUGGGACUUGGAUUUGUUUCGUGGAUCAGGACUUUUCAGCCCAUAGGAAAUGUCCGAAAAUACUGAUGAGUUGCGGAAUAUGCUAGUAUCUUUUCGUGUUUCCGAAUUACAAAUGCUAUUGGGUUUUGCCGGAAGAAAUAAGACUGGUAGAAAAAGCGAACUUCAGCAACGAGCUUUAGAGCUAUUGAGGGUCAGAUCUCAUCCAAUUCACCAGAAAAUCAAAGACCUGUAUAAAACUACCCAACAAGCAGGUAGUGCUCCACCGACAAGUACCUCUCCAUCAAGACAAGACCUCUCUACAGUUUCCCCACAAGCAAAUACUAUGCCUCAACAAGGGAAUAUACCUCGUUCCACAGCUACUGUUCAUCCUUUUAGUGUGGACACUAGAGCAAUGGUUCGUCAGCAGCCUAUGUAUCAACAAAACAUUUAUUCUCCAUACCCCCAAUAUUCCACUGCCAAACAGCAACAAAGUGUUCUGGCAGCCAAUUACCCUAUUCAUCCAGAUGUCAACUUUCGAAGGUUGCCAUUCUAUGAUAUUCUGGCAGAUCUGUUGAAACCCUCUUCUCUAGUACCUCAAAGCAACCAAAGGAUGCAAGAGGGUACUUUUUACUUUCACUUGACCCCACAGCAAGCCACAGACAUUGCCAGUUCCAGAGAUAUACGUCCAGGAGUGAAAUGUGACUAUGUAAAGCAAGUCCAGAUGCGUUUCUGUCUACUGGAGACAACUUGUGAACAAGAGGACUAUUUCCCUCCCAGUGUUAUGGUCAAAGUUAACAAUAAAUUAUGUCCCCUGCCAAACCCCAUUCCUACAAACAAACCCGGCGUGGAACCAAAAAGGCCACCGAGGCCUGUGAACAUAACUCAGAUGGUCAAAUUGAGCCCCACUGUGGCUAACACUAUAACAGUGUCUUGGGCGGCAGACUAUGGCAGAGGAUAUGCCAUCACAGUGGCGCUGGUUCACAAGCUGAGCUCCUGUGAUUUGUUGCAGAGAUUGAAAAACAAAGGGAUCAAAAAUCCUGAUCAUACCAGAGCUAUAAUCAAAGAGAAGCUGAACGACGACGACUGCGAGAUCGCCACCACGUCGCUGAGGGUAUCGCUGAUGUGCCCUCUCGGAAAAAUGCGAAUGACGACGCCCUGCAGAGCCAUCACUUGCAGCCAUCUGCAGUGCUUCGAUGCCUCGCUCUUCCUGCAAAUGAACGAGAGGAAACCGACGUGGAAUUGCCCUGUGUGCGACAAGCCGUCUCUAUAUGACAAUCUCGUCAUCGAUGGGUAUUUCACUGAAGUGUUGGGUUCUUCUAUUCUCUCUGCUGAUUGCAACGAGAUUCAGCUCAACAAAGAUGGUACCUGGAGUGUGCAGUUGCCAGAGAAAAAACAAAUUGAAAAAUGUAAAUCUGCUACGGUUAUUGGCAUAGAUGACUCAAUUGAAAUUAUUGGCGACGAUUGUGAAAUAGUGAACACCAAUCCGGCGGCAACAUCGACCAGCGACAAGAAAGAGCCCGUUAAGGUGGAGGAGAAGAAGAAAGAAGUGGUCGAUCUGACGAUAUCAGAUUCGGACGACGAUGAACCUUUGGCCAAACGAAGGGCCGUCAAUCCCAAACCAGAUUCGACGAGCCUGUCGUCGAACGGCACCCAAUCCCGCGCCGCCGCCGCUGCCACCCCCGGUCCCGCCUCGGUCUCCAGCAGCGGCUACCCGGUCAGCCCGUCGGUCAUCAACCUCGACAGCCCGUCGCCGCCCCGAUCGCCGCAGCCGCCCGCACCGACUCCCGCUGCCCAAGCUGCGACCGCGCAGGCGCUGCCCGACGCGCAGACACCCGGUGGGCAGCAACAGGUGGGCGUGGCCAACGAUAGCGGGCAGCCUGGCGCUCCGGUGCCGUUCGUCAGUCCGAAUAGUAUGCCGUUCUUGGAUUUGGAGGGGGACGGAACGGUUGCUGCUACUAUUAAUUAUGCGACGGGGUAUUGAGAAGGGGGGGGGGGGGAGAAGGGUGGUUGUUGCUGACUUGGUUUUUUGGGAGGAACACUUGUUGUUUGUUUUUGUUGUUGGAAAGGUAUGCGUUUUUCUUUAAGUAUCAACAUUUAUUUGUAUAACACUGUAUGAUCUCUCAUAAUCUAUACAGGGUGAGUCGGUUUUGUUGCAGGACUUCAACAGUUUGAAGAUCACAUAUUUUUAAACGGAGAUGUACAGGGUGGGCAAAAUUGGGCGUUUUCAUAGGCUAUCUCAGUAACUGAAAGAGUUAUCAAAAAAUCGAUAUACAUGUUACGGGUUCGAUUUUAGAGAAACCUCGAAUGGUACAAUUGGAAUUUUGAUAUCUCCAUUCGUUUCAGAGAUACUGGGGGAAAUUGAAAAAUUGCCGAUUUCGUUUUUAUUUUCUGAGUAUUUUAUCCAUAUUGAAUGAUGCGUAGAAUCCAUUGGCAUCAUCAGAAAUUUUAUACAAGAAGUGCUAAUGAAACAGUGGCAAAACCUGGAAAACAGAAAAUAUCACACCACCUGUAUAUCGAAAAAUGAGGUCAAAAUACGCCGAUUUAAAGCAACGAAACUGCUUCGCUUCCGAGAUACAGGGUGGUAAAUUUAAGAAAUAAGAAUCGACAAAGUAUUUUGAAAAAUCCAUUUUUGCACUGCCUAUUCACUGACCAAAUCACAUCCACGAAGAUAACAGCAAACAUUUUUUAUUCAAAAUAAAUUGAAUAUUCCCGUGAGGCAUUGAACAAUACAAACCGAAAUAUCUCGGAAACGGUUUACUUCAGCAAAUUUCCACAGGUGUACAUUUUUUGCUAGAAAUAAACAAAUAAGUGAAUAACUACACUGAGAAAAAAAGUUAUGGCCAUUCCCAUCCCAAGAAGCCUCCGGCAACCAAUUUUUGAAUAGAUACGUUCUAAAACGUUCAUACAUUUUGGAAAACUCCAUUUUUAUUUUUUAACUGCACAACCCUGUAUCUCAGAAAUGGAGCAGUUUCGUCCUAAGGUAAGUUGCUUCACAUCGGUUUAUUUUUACCUCAGAAAUAUCUGCUGAGAUUUUGUACAAAUCUCUUAGGAACACCCUGUACAUAGGGAACAAAAAUUUUGUUUCAUUUGUAUCACAGAAAAAAAAGAGUUUUAGUUGAUUUUCUUGUCUUGUUCCUCUUGAAAAAAAACAGCUUCUGAAUCUCCAACGAAAAGCAAAAGAAGAACACAUCCUUGAAAACAUAGGGCCCAUGGUUUUACUAAUAUGUAUUUGGUAAAAAAAAUAUGGGUGAAAAAUGAAAAGUGAUUUGGACACUGAUGGGCGAGGAUAGAACACUUUUGUUACCACUUAGGUUUUAUUUUUAUAACUAUAAAUCUGUUCAGGAAAAAGAACUUCAACCAGUAGAUCCUUAGUAACUUAGUAUCACUCAAAUCGUUGGUCUCCAGCCUUUUUUUUAUGAAACUACUGGAAUCGUGUUUUAUACUAUAAGAGAUUUAUAUUUACCUUCUACUGUAAGUCAUUAUAUAUUUAUAUCAUUGUUUAUAAAAAUAUCAUCCCUAGUGUUAAGUUUAGUUUAAAUUUGGUUAUACUCUCUCUAUUUUCUCGUGGUGAGAACAAUAGAUUUCGUCUUGAGUAUGAGAUAUACUGGAACGAAGAAACUGUCAACGUCAUACUAACGAUUUGUUCUUGUUUAUAGACUCCAAUAAAAUGAAUGGACC